AUGGGGUUACUCGUUGGCGCUGCGCUCGCAAUCAUCAUCCCAGAGGGCGUAGCGACAAUGUACGCGGCCGACGCCAAGAGCACACACGCCAUCGGGUUCUCCCUCCUCUCGGGGUUUGCCCUCAUGCUUCUCGUGGAGAAUGUGUGUCCUCACCCCAACCAUCCGCACCACGAUGAGGACGAGGAACACACACACUUUCUUCCGGAACGGAGAGCAAGCAUGGCUCCGAUGCUGCCUAAGGAGCAGGAGGAAUGUUCGUCACAUGCUACAGCGCAUGGCAUGAGCGCGACUCUUGGACUUGUUAUUCAUGGUCUCGCGGAUGGAAUUGCGCUCGGCGCUAGCAGUCUGUCGGAUAACCCGCAACUUGGGCUUGUCGUUUUCCUCGCGGUGCUGGUGCACAAGGGCCCCUCGGCACUCGGCCUCACCACCACAUUGCUCCAGCUGCACCUCAGCCCUGCGCAGGUGCGCCCCCGCCUCAUCAUCUUCAGCCUCGCCGCGCCCGUUGGCGCGCUCGUCACUUACCUCCUCGUGCAGCUGUUCGGCACGGGUAAGGGCCACAGCCUUGGAUGGUGGACUGGUGCGGUGCUGCUCUUCUCGGGCGGCUCAUUCCUCUACGUCGCCACCGUCAUCCAGCCCAUCUCGGAGACGGGACCCGACGACCACUGCCACCACCCGCACCAUGAGGUGCACAGAGAGACCGACGGACCGCGUCUCGAGAACUCGACACGCACCAGUCUCAUCCUCCUCGGCAUGGCAUUGCCUGCAGCCCUCGCACUGUUGGUUGGUGGCCAUGACCACUAG